CAUUUUACCUUGAAAUCGUUGAUUGCAACGUCAGCUGCUCCUAUGCAAAUAACAAUAUCAAGUGUUUGUAUUGGAACGUGUUUCAUUCGACGAUGGCAACGAGCAACAAAGUGAAGAAAACGCUUGUCUUGAACAAUGGCAACGAAAUGCCUGCCAUCGGACUCGGCACUUACAAGUCUUCCGCCGAGCAACUUGAGAAAGCCAUAGAGGAUGCGAUCGAUUGCGGUUACAGGCACUUCGAUUGCGCCUGGUUCUAUGGUAACGAGGCUGUGAUUGGUAAAGCAAUUAAGUCGAAGAUCAACGAGGGCGUGGUCAAGAGGGAGGAGCUAUUCAUCACAAGCAAACUCUGGAACAAUUUCCACGAUAGGAAAAACGUGAUGCCGACGCUGAAAGAGACUCUGGCGUCUCUAAAUCUGUCUUACAUCGAUUUGUACCUGAUCCAUUGGCCUUUCGCAUUCAAAGAAGACGUGUCGUUGUGGCCGGUGAGUGAAGGGAAGACGGCUUACAGCGAUGUCGAUUACUUGGAAACGUGGGCGGCGCUCGAGGAGUGCGUCGCUCUGGGAUUGGUCCGCAACGUAGGCGUGUCCAAUUUCAAUAGCGAGCAGAUUGGACGUGUCCUGGAGGUCGCGAAGAUUCGUCCGGUCGUGAAUCAGGUCGAGUGCAAUCCGAACUUCAAUCAGAAGAAGCUCAUCGAGUUCUGCAAGGGCGAGGGCAUCGUCGUCACCGCGUACUGUCCUUUGGGGCGGAGCGAGAAUGCAGGCAUGCCGGGAUUCCCCGAACCGACGAUAUACGACCCGAAGGUGGCCGAGAUCGCCGAAACACAUAACAAGACUGCCGCUCAGGUCGUCCUCAACUAUUUGCUGACUUUGGGCGUGUGCGUGAUUCCGAAAUCGGUGACGAAGAGUCGAAUCCUCGAGAACUUCGACAUCUUCGAUUUCGAAUUGUCCGAGGAGGAAGUGCAGUACUUGGAUAGCUGCAACAAGAACGUUCGGGUGUGUCCGUUGACAAUGUUCGCCGAUCACCCGAACUACCCUUUCAACACUGAAUAUUAAAAACAGCACAACGCUUCCACAACCACCUCUAAAACAAACAAAAAAACUCUAAGCAAUUCCAGAGGCCUUUUGAUCCAUAUUGUUACGUUUCACGCAGAUCUAGUAGCUUCUAUCAAAGAGAAAACAAACAUUGUUGUGGUAUAGACACAGAAAGAGAGAGAGAAAAAUAUUGAGUAUGAAUUAAAUUGAAAAUUUUAUUCUUAUUUUUAACAAAAUAUUUAUCACUUCCUUACGCACUACGUACACGUUCUGCUGUUUUCUUCCCGCAGUACAAAUACAUAUAAAACGCAGUUCUGUUUUUUUUUUUCAUAAUUCAAAUAUCUGUUAAUAUCCGAAUUAAAUUACUUCGCAAAUCUUA